AUGCAGAACAUAGAUCAUGACAAUAUUUGCAAGUUCAUUGGUCUGACCCUCGACGGACCGCAACUAAUGUCGAUUUGGAGAUAUUGUUCAAGAGGAUCCUUGAAGGACGUCAUCGCGAAAGGAUCUUUGCAAAUGGACUGGUUUUUCAAGUACUCACUUAUUCGAGAUAUAUGUGAGGGAAUCUAUUAUCUUCACCAUUCGAUAGGCGCUCACGGCUGGAUCAGCUCAGGAACAUGUCUUGUAGACGAGAGAUGGCAAGUAAAAAUUACAUUUUGUGGGCUUGACGCAAUCAAAGCAAUGGAAGCUAGAGAACAAAAGGACAAUUUGUGGGUAGCGCCUGAGCACAUUAAAGAUCCCACACUGCCACCUACGAAAGAAGGAGAUAUUUACAGCUUUGGUAUCGUGUGCUCUGAAAUCAUAACAAAGAAAUCUGCUUGGGACCUUGAAAAUCAGGACUACGAUCUUGACGGUAAGUAAAA